AUGCGUUCAAUUAGAGAGCAUUACAGUUUAUAUAAGAGCAGGAAAUUAUUGCACGGUAAAAGUAAAAAACGGACUAAGCAAAGUGCGCAGAACCCGUCCACCUUUGAAGUCAAACAAACGGCUGGAGGGACGGUGAGAGAAUGUGCAUAUUACGGCAUGAUUAUAUGUCGCUCUUUUCAGUUGCUCAAGCAGUUCAAGAAGAACGACACCCAGUUCAAGUCAGACGACCCAAAGGUGGAUUCGCUCAUGACCGAAGCCAUCUUCGAGUUCCAUUCCCAUCUCAAACAGAUACAUCAGCUCUACGCUCUGACUGAGGUUUACGUCGCUCAACGCAGAGGUAUCAAAGCUUUGAAUUUUAAAUAUAAACAUAACUUGUUACCAAUAUUUUGGCUUUUUAAAUAUAUUAACAAUACCUCGUUAUUCCAGAACAACUGAAAGAAGAAUCUGUAAAAUCAUCAACGUUUCCCAUCAACUUAGCUCCAUUACAAAGAAUUCAGGAGAUACAACGAAAACCACGCAAGAAAUUCACAAUCAAUGAACUCCUUGACAAUCAAAAUAAUACUAUGUAA